AUGGUCAACUACAAGAGAAUCGUGUGCGAGGUCGCUGUACUUUUCACGCUAUUGGGCCUAGUAGAGGCCGCCCCGACUCCCGAUUGUGAUAAAUCUGAAAAGCACUUCGAUCAACGUCAAAAUGGUACCGAGAACUAUAGGCUCAACAUUGACGGAGUCGUGAUCGCUGUCGCCCCCGCAGAAUCGUUCCUAGCUGCUGCCUCUGACAUUGAUCUUAGCGACCUUCUUGAUAUAGAGGACUUCAAUGAACUACAGAAGCCGAAACCGCCGAGCAAGCCCCUGAAGCCAAAGCCCGAUGAUGAUAAACCACAGGACUCAAAACCAGAUGCGCUCAACGAGGUUAAUGAUGUCAAGCUGCAAAAGAAGGAUGCUUCUCAGCGGAACAAGGAGAAAACUCAAAGAUUGAAAUAUCGCCUGGCGAAUAUGCUGUUGCCCUUGCUACGUAAAAAUCGUCAUCAUUGA